AAAUCGUGGGCGGCGGAAGUAAAGUUUGACACGAGUGUUUUCUGUGGUGUUUUCUAUUUAAUCGGGUGGGUUAAGGAGCUCCCGGAUGGUACCGUAGAACCGAACCUCGGACUGGUCUCCUUCUAUCCCCAUAUCAGCUGCUGUUUUCCCGCUGUGUGAGCUCCGGAGGUCCGCGGACGUUGCUAUGGCCGCAGCCCGGGCGGACCUCAGAGCUCUGCCGCUGUACAAGGUGCCGUCCCGGGUCCAUUUUGAGUUCUGUCGGGUCAUGGAUGUGCUGUCGGACCGGGACUGGUUAAACUUUGCAUCAGAGGUUCUGCAGGACCAAACCGCUGUGCGACUGGCUGAGAAGAAGGAGCAGCGCACUGAUUGGCUGAUGUUACAGUGGCAGAACAGGAACGGAUCUGUGGGACAACUACUGGACCUGCUACAGAAGCUGGAGCUGUUGAUGCCCAGGGACAUUAUCAACAGCUGGGUGUGUUCAGUGUCUCCUCCUGUGGUAUAUCCUCUCCCUUCAGUGUCUGCACCAGAAGUCAACCCUCCUCACCCACUGCCCACAGCUCCCUCCAUACCACCCCCACGUACCCUCAGACAGUCAGAGAUGGCCAUUCUGUUACCAAAACCUGAGCCUCCAGAACUCAGAUCCUUUGACCAAUUGGAGCUGUCUUCAGUGGAGACACUGCCACAGCCUCUCUCUGACUCAGCAGCAGCAGCCUCUCUUGGAUUGUGCACAUCAGGAGUCAUGUCCUGGGCCUAUGAGGAGGUCUAUACUGGGACUUGUGGUUUCUGUGCUGCUUUGAAGGUUGGGGAAGGAGGCUUCGGAGAGGUCUUCAGAGCCACCCUCCGGAACACAGACUGUGCUGUCAAAAAAUUCAAGCAGGACUGUUCACUGGACUGGAUUCAACUCAGACACAGCUUUCAGACAGAAGUGGAGAAACUCUCAAAAUUCCGACACCCGAAUAUCGUUGACCUUUUGGGCUACAGUGAUGGAGGAGGGACAGUAUGUCUCAUCUACAGCUUCAUGGAGAACAGAUCUCUGGAUGACCAACUACACUCAGAUGGUAUGAGCCUGUCUUGGUGUCAAAGAGUUUCCAUUGUUAAAGGAGCAGCCACCGCCCUGCAGUAUCUCCACUUUCCUCCAGAGGGACAAACACCGCUAGUGCAUGGAGAUGUCAAGAGCUCUAACAUUCUUCUGGACCACCACUUGGAGGCAAAGUUGGCAGAUUUUGGUUUGGCCCGGUCCUCGUCUCACAAUUCUUCAGGUCACACCACUUCCAUUGGUACAACAAAGUUGGUGAGAGGGACUUUGGCCUAUCUGCCUGAGGAGUACAUACGAGACGGUAAACUGAAGACAGCAGUGGAUGUGUACGGAUUCGGAGUGGUUUUGUUGGAGAUUUUAACAGGUCGCAGGGCUCUAAAUAAGGAUAAGAAAACUGGACAAGACAUUUACCUGAAGGAGUUGGUGAAUGAAAUUGAGGACAGUGAAGCUGAGUGGAAGAAACAACUGGAUAAGCACCUCAUCUUAUGUGGCCCUGCUGAGCCCACUGGCUUUAUGCAGGUUGCGUCUUUGGCUCGCCGUUGUUUGGACAAAUGGAAGAGGAGGCCGUCCAUGACCCAGGUGUAUGAGGCUCUGCAUGACCUCAGUACCGCUCUGAAACCAUCCGCCUCACCCCGCUUAUCUCUCCCUUCCGUCCUCCACCCACCUGACACCUCGACCCCUCCCCCAGGACCCCCCCGUUCACUGGACUCCUGCUUCUCUGCUCUGUCCCUCAGCAAUGUGGGCCCAUCAGAACACACUUACUGCCCCAAACCAAGCUCUCUGUCCCCACCGCAGACACUCCAGUCCACCACAGUGACCCACAUGCACCCCGCUCACGGCUCCUCACUGCCCCUGUUGUGCUCUUCGUUUGAUGGUCCCUGCGAGACAGAUGAGAGCAGAGGGUAUUCACAGUAUGAUACCAAGUCCAAUGGUUUAGGCCCAAGGCAGUCCAAGUCUGACCUGAAUCAGUUUACCCAGCCCUCGGUGCCCACAGAGGACCAGUACAACUUUCCUUCUAACUCCGAAGUUAUGGGUCCAAUUGUGAACCAGGCAGCAGCAUUUCCAGAAAGCACCUCUCCAGCCGGAUUGUUGCUGUCACAAUCAGUUGUGUUGAACCCCAGUAAACAGCGACUGUUAGAGAAGAAAGCUCUGUAUGACCAGGGUCUGAUCCAGACGCCUGAACUGCUCUCCUCUGAGAAUUUCUGUUUGGUGAGGAGUCCAGCAGAGUCAAGGUUGCCAGAGGAGAGUGAUGAACUGGAGUAUCUUCAAUCUAAAACUCAAUAAUAUCCCUGUCACUGCCGCAAUUCUGUUUAAAAACACUUCACCUGAACAGAGCUGCCUUGAAUCUGCCUUUAACUUGGACCAAAGAUGAGUGUCUGUCUCGGGACCCCUCCUCUAGAGGGCAGUACAGUAUGGGUCAUGUUGGUUUGGUGCAGGUUACUUCAAGUCUAGGAGACCAAAGUCUGUUGCAUUAAUACUGUGAACAUGAUUAUCUCCCUAUAUGAUUACGUACGCAAUUAUGACGUAGGCAAGAUGUAAUGAAAAGCCAAGAGUGAAUCUCGGUAUGUGGAGCUGUGAAGCUGGAGGUAAAGCUGUAUGAGCAAUAAACAGGACACUACUACUUUCAAUUCACAGUCAGCUGUGGAGUAGGUGAAUAAAGCGUUCUGCAUUUCCACCUGUGGGCACCAUGUGAAAAAUAGUGGCCACAUGGAUAAAAACUAAAACAAAGCAAAGGAAAACAAGCUAGACUACUAAGUUCUUAAUGAUGGCUCACCUCCAGCUUCUCUCUACAAGCUCCUUAAGACAUUCGCACAAGUUACAUCAGGAGGUACCAUCAUUUAUUGGUUUUAGUCUUAGCUGCUUAUUUAUUAAAUUAUGUAAGUCCAAUUAGUGCCUUCAUAAUACUAUGGAAUUGAUUCUGAUGAGUAAAAUAUUUUUUGUGACACAUGUUACUUUUAUAUGUACUAUGUCCCAACUAAGUGUUUGUAUUUAAUUUUUAGAGAGGAAAUGGGUCCAAAAGAAUCAAAUAUUUUUGAUGAACAACAAUAAAGAAACUUUCCAUCUUU